AUGUUAGAGUUUUUGACGGUCGCACAGUAUCGGGUCAUGGUCGAAGAGCAAUGGCCAUCGAGGGAUCCUCGUCUCUCGCUGGAGAAUUCCACCACUCUAACGCACGCGAAAACAUGGUUAUCGUGCAUUGAGACGUCAAACUGCCUGGGAUGCCACGCCGACGUUGAUAGCUUCCAGUACCGAAAGCUCGAUAAUGGUGCUGCCACUGGCUUCUGCCCGAUGCAGAUCGCCAUGAAGGAUAAUGGCAAGCCCACACCCUCCAACCCUUAG